CUUCUUUUUACUUAUCAUAAUAUUGUCGAAGAGUUAAAGGGUACUUCUGAAACUGAAGAUUCACAUUCAAUCACUUCAAGUAACAUAGCUGAUGAGAUUUUUGAUAGCAAAGAUAUUAGAAAUGGUGAGAUGAAGAUAUGUCUAAAAAAUAAGGGUAAAAAGAGUGCUACAUAUAACAGUAAAAAGAGAUGUGAUGGUACAGGAAGAUUUACUCAUAAUAGUUUGAAAUCUAGUGAUUCUAAUAUUGUUUUUGAAAAAUA